GUAGUAUUUUUUUUAACAUACUGAUAAAGUGAGACUUGCUAAUAAGCACAGUCAGUUCAACUUCUUGUCUUCAUUCUUGAACUGCUACUUGCUCUGUACUUAAUUGAGAAAAAAAAAUGAAAAUUAUUGAAGUGUGUUAUUUAAUUUUCCUUUCAUUCUUUCGGAUGAGUCUGGCAAUUUUUGGUGGCGAAAAUUCUGGAGAAGCAUUUGUCUGCUUGUGUAACAGGGUGGACAGAGACAUUGAUUCUGGCGCACUAAAUAGUGAAGAUUAUGUAGGUGUUGUAACAGUGUUGAAUGAAAAGUGGGUUAUCACAGCUUCUGACAGAGUAAUAGCCAAUGAUGUUCUACCAAACGUCGACACAUCCUAUUUAGAAGUCUUAUGCGGACCCAACGAAUACGUUAGUAGCAUGUACGACCUCGGCUUGAUCAGCACCAUCCUGGAUACUAGUGGCAUAAACGAAAAUCUUCAGGCAAGACGGAUUAUCAGAUAUGAAUAUCUUCAACCUUAUGGUCUCGUAUUGCUGGAAUUGGACGAAAAUUUAAAUGGAGACGCCGUUAUUAAUCCCAUAAGUUUGCCGCCGUCUUCAUCAUAUUCACCGGCUGGAAUACGCACAAUUAUUGGUUGGGAAGAUCAGAACUAUUUACUUUUCACCGCAAAAAUUAAGAAAAAAGCGGAAAUUGAAAUACUAGACAUCGGAAAUUGUAUGAGUGGAAAUAACCAAAUAAGUGAAACGAAUAUUCGACUAGAACUACAAGAUUGUGGAACUAGUGGAAUGUUAUCUUGCGUAAAUAAUCCCUCACCUUCUAUUACAACCUGUAAUGUAGACUCUGGAUCGCCAAUAGUUGAUUUUACAUCUAAUCCUCCCAUUUUAGUCGGUAUAGCUAUGUGGAAUAAUCGUAUAUGUAAUCAGGAUUAUAUUGGUUUGCCCGUGACUACGGCUGUGAAUAUGAAUAUGGACACCAUUAUUAAUUGGAUCCAAGAGAUCACUGGAUCGUAAGUGUUAGAAAGAAUCGUUGUAAAUACGGUAAAUAAAGAAGAUGCCUAAAAACAAA